CAAAAUUAACAAUGAUUAGUGCCCUGAUUUCCGUUGGAAGUGGUUACCUUUAACCUAGACUGCUUAAAGUUUAUAAGUGGUUCUCAGAUAGUAUUAAUAGUGAUUUUUUUAAGCAAUACUUAACUACCUAUUUAUCUUUGUAAUAUGGAAGUAAUUUAAAACAACACAUAGAAUUAUUCUGCUGGUCAGUGCUCAUGAAAUGAAUGGAAUGUGAAGAAUUUCAGUGCUAUUUUUGAUUUGUGUAUUUCAAAUAUUUAAAUUUCUCACUACAAACUGUGAAGGCACAAAAGGAAAAGCCACCUGGUGUGUAAACGUAUUGCUUGCAUUAUGUGAUAUAACUUUUGAAACUACAUCGAAAAUAAAAACUUGAGAACAAUGAUGUUGAAUGGGUAUAACCAUCAUUACCAUAAUAGUGUUUCAGGGUUUAGUCCACCAGGGAAAGAAAAAUACCAACCUAAUACUAACAUUAAAACACAUAGUCUCAGUGAUGUUUAUACUGUUGUCGAGGAUAUAGGAAGAGGAAAAUUUGCUGUAGUGAGAAAACUAGUGCACAUAGAAACAAAACAAACAGUUGCUGCAAAGUACAUUAAGAAACGUCGACGUGGUAAAACAUGUCGAGAGGAAAUACUACGGGAAGUUGUGAUGUUAGAAAAUGCCAUAUCACAUCCAAGACUGGUACAGUUAUUGGAGGUGUUUGAAACACCGACAGAACUUAUUUUAAUUACAGAAUACUGCUCUGGCGGAGAAUUGUUUCAUGAAUGUGUUACAGAAGAAUCCUUUGAAGAAAGAGAUGUUGUCAAGAUUAUGAAACAGAUUUUAGAAGGACUUGACUAUCUUCAUCAAAGAAACAUAGUACAUUUAGAUAUAAAGCCACAGAAUAUAUUACUGACGCAUCCCUUUCCUAAGGGUGAUAUAAAAUUAUGUGACUUGGGAUUUGCUUGUCUCGUGAACACAGGAGAAGAUAUCAGGGAUAUUAUAGGAACAGUUGACUAUGUUGCACCUGAAGUUUUAGAUUACGAACCUCUUGGUCUUCAUACAGAUAUGUGGAGUUUAGGUGUUUUAGCCUAUGUAAUGUUAACAGCUCAUUCACCGUUUGCUGACGACAACCAACAAAAGACGUUCCUUAAUAUAUCUCAAGUUAAUUUAGAAUUCCCAGAAAGCCUGUUUUCUCAUCUCAGCUCUGCAUCUCAGGAUUUUAUAUGUAAACUUUUAGUUAAGCAUCCAAAAAAUAGAAUGAAUACCAAACAGUGUUUAGAGCAUCCUUGGAUAAGUGGAAUUGUCUCUCCUGAAACAUUGCUCGGUAAUAGUGAAACUUGUAAAAACAGUGAAGAAAACAUGAUUGAAAGUUGUGAUGAACUAGAGGAAAAGUCGGAUGUCAUUGCAGAAAAAGAAAUACCUGUUGAAAUUGUCAAAAAAUGUUCUGAAUCCAGUAACAGUUUACCAAGUGAACAUAAAGACUUAAAUCUAGUGUUAGAAGAACCAGAAAACAUUGAUAGAGAGGAUAGCAUCCCAAGUAAAGUAUUAAAGUGCAAUUCUAAUUCAAAUAUUCUUGAUGAAUGUGAGAAGACAAAAGGUACUGAAAACAUGACAUGUUCUGAGAAUGAAUGUAUGAAGGACAGUUACAAGAUGGAUGAUGUCAACAGUAAUUUAUCUACGCAAGCUGUAGUAUAAUGUCUUGAUUGACAAAUAUAGACCCCAAAACUAACCCAAAGACUUACCACAUAUCUGUUUAAACAUAUCAUAUUUAAUACAAUAUAUUCCUAAUUUUGAAAUUAUUAUUAGUGUUUUUCUUCGACGUAAUUUUUAUUGAAAGAAAACUGCUUAUUAUCACACACACAAAAAGAUUAAGAUCAAAGUUUCUACUGGUUUAUAUGUCCAUUUGAGACGUUGUCAUUCAAGUAUAAGAAAUCAAAAUCCAAAUUUUUAGUUACAACUUUUUUACUUGUAAGUUGUGUAAAGUUGCAUUUUGAACUAUUGUUUGUUUUACAUGUAUUUUCACUAAUUAUGAUAUUGAAGAUCUGAAUGAUUGACAUGAUGCUAGGUUCUCAAACUAAAUUUGAAGAAAUAGUUUUACUUUUUAGGUGUAACACAUUUAAAAAAAAAUACCAUUUUUGACCUGUCUAGAAACAAAAUUCUGUCUCAUAGUUGGAAAAGUCAGGUACAAAAAAUAAGGAUUUCCAUGUAUUUUAAAGAUUUCCUUUUUUUUCUUUUUCCAGACAUUAAUGAAGAAACUUGAAAACACAAGUAUUGUUUUUGUGAUUUAGUAUCCAUAACUUCAACAAUAUUACUUCUAUUUCAGAGUAAAAAAUAGUAUAUGUAACAUUAUGAAAAUAACAGAACUGUUAUUUUAUUAUUUUAUUAUUAGUAUUGUUCUAUGCACAUGAAUGCAAAUAAUAAAUAGAUACUCCUGUAAUAUCUCAAUAGAUGGUACUACCAGUCCUACAACAUAUUUAUGCUUGCUUUCUAGAUAUUUUCAUACUAUUUGCAGUUGCUACCAGCUCCAGCUUUUUAUAUGAUUUUAAAAACAAUACGGGCAGUGCCAUAUGAUAUCUUUUUUUUCUGUAAGGCAUAUUUACAAAGAAUUGUUGUAGUCUGAUGUACAAAGGGUUGAUAUCUAAUUUUCAAAUACAUCAUUUGUAUAAAAUAUAAUACUGUAACUUGUAUGCUUUUUUAUGAAAGGGUUGUAGAAAAAACUUCAUUCAAAGUGCUAGAAGGAAAUUCAAACAUAUGAUUAAUAGAUACAUACAUACAUAUGUCAAGAAAAAAAUGUCUGCAUGUAUGUCUUCUUUUUCUUCCUUAAAACCUGGUAGGAACUGUCAUGAGCCAUCUGAAUGUUUUACUGCUAGUGUUUACUUUAAAAUAAUAGUUGUUUUUUUUCACUUUUAAUCAGUGGUAAAAUUUUUGAUUAAAGACCAAACAUGAAUUAGUGUUCUCAGAGAAAAACAUAUUCAUGGAUGAUACACUGAAUUGUUUUUUAUGCCAGUACAUAUAUUAUUUCAAGCUCUCUAAAUCUGUUGUAUGAAAAUGAAAUAAGGGAAAUUAUUAUUCCUAAUGGGGAACCCUGCAGCAAAUUUAAUGAAUUAUUGGAGUGAAAAACACGAACAUCAUAAAUUUUUGUGAUUUACUAACUCAAGUUCAAAAUAAUCUGGAAAAUAUAAAACAAAGAUGUCAUAGAUUUGUCAUAUAUAAUCAUAAAUUGUCAUUUUAUGCAAUUUUUUUUAAACAAUUAUACAUAUAAUGAAUAGCACUGCUUAAAAGGCUAUUUGAAUCACAUAAAGUCUUUAAAUAAGGUUUUUUGAAUGUGUAGCAACAUUUUUUUGAUGAGUUUACUGUUUUCAACCUCAAUUGCACAAACUUUUAUGACCAAUACUAACUUUAUAUAAAAUUAAAUAAAUAUGUUAUUGUUAAUGUUUACUGACAGGUAAUUGUUUCCGUAUUAUCAAUAUGAUGAUAUUUGAUACAUUGAUAUUUGAUGCAUUGAUAUUUGAUACAUUGAUAUAUAGUCUUUGAAUUUCAAAAUAGAAGGACAAAAAAUCAGCUUUGUUAUACAUGUAUCUGUUUCUUUAAUUGAUAAAAAGCAUCUUUAUAAAAUUUGAAUUUAAAUAUGAUGCCUUAUAAUAAAGCCAAGUACAGAAAUGUAUAUUCAUUAUA